AACAAUAUAGAAUAACAUCUAAAUUCCAAUAUGCAAAUUAAAAGCAAAUAACUCUGUCAAGACAAUUAAUCAUGGCUGUUCACCGAACUGCUUUUCUUGUUCUCCUCCUUUUCUCUGGAACAGUUUUACUAGGAAGUAAAGUGGAAUCAGCAGAUGGGAAGGCUUGUCCUAGGAAUUGCGAUCCAGAUGUAGCUUACAUGGUUUGCCCAUCAAGUGGACACAGGAUAAUUAAACAAGUAUGUGUCAACUGUUGCUCUGCAAGAAAAGGUUGCAAACUUUUCCGUAAUAAUGGAUCUGUAAAAUGUACUGGAACUUAAUAAGGAUUUGUCAAUUAAUUGCUAUAUAUUAGCUACUAUAAAUAUUUGUGUAAUAAGCUUGAGCUUAUAUAUAGGCUCAUACUCUGUGAUAUGUAAUGAGUGUGGUAUUUUCCACUCGCAGCUUGUUUAAUUAAACUU